AUGAAAGUAUGGGGUUGUCUUGCCGAAGCUAAACUUUAUAAUCCCUUCUUGAAGAAACUCGACAUGAAAACUGUAACUUGCUACUUCAUUGGUUAUCCUUCUCACUCAAAGGGUUACAGAUUUUAUUGUCCUUCCCACGUCACUCGCAUUGUAGAAACCAAAGAUGCUCAUUUCCUUGAAUAUUUUAAGGACACUGCACCACCUCCUACUCCAAAUGUACCUGGAAAUGAAGACACCUCAAAUGAUCACCAUCAAGACAAUGCCGCCAAUGCUCAACCCGAAAAUUUGCUCAGGAG